AUGGUGGAAAAGACGUUACUCUUCGUCGAUAUACUCGACCAAUACGCUGCAUCCGGCGAGCAUUUUACACUGGAUGAGCUGUGUACCAAUUUGACCUUUGACAUUAUUGGUGCGGUGACUAUGGGGGUCAACUUAUGUGCCCAACUCGGAGAGGAUCGCCAAAGUGAAAUAGUCAAAAUUUUCAAAGAACUCGGCUCUACAUAUAACAAUCACAGGGGCAUCUGGGUCGUGACGCUAGCUAGGCUACGCCGACGAAAGCUGGCCCGCAAAUUGAAUGUCCUUCUUAGAGAUUUUAUUUCUGAGACAUUUGAAGAGGUGAAAGGAGCCUCCCAGACUAAUGCGACGGCACGUCUGCGGUCGUGCAGUAUCCUGACACUCAUCCUGCAAGAUGCAAAUGAACUGACACCAGCUAUUAUGGAUCGGACCUGUGACCAACUCAAAACUUUCCUUUUCGCGGGCCAUGAUACGACCAGUAUUCUGCUACAGUGGGCCUUAUAUGAACUCAGCCGAACUCCCAGGGCAAUGAAUGCGGUCCGGCGUGAGCUCGAUUCUAUUUUUGGAUCAGAUACCUCCCCCAGAUCUGUGGGCAAUAUCCUGCUUUCGGAGGAUGGGAAAGCCCUGCUUUCUAAAAUGCGGUACACCUCCGCUGUCAUUAAAGAAACACUCCGCCUCUACCCCCCGUCUGGGAGCGCCCGAUAUGCUGGACGAGGAUCGGGACUCACAUUGAGGCUGCCGAAUGGGAGAGUUUCCUGCGUGGACGGAUUGGUCCUAUAUAAUUGUGCGACGAUCAUUCAACGAGAUGAGACCGUGUACGGCGAGUCCAAGGACGAGUUUGCACCAGAGCGCUGGUUGCAAGAUGAUGAAUUGAAUAUGCACUUGAGUCAAAACAAAGAUCAGGAUCGCUACCGUGAGGCAAGAUUUGCCGGACCACCAAGCGCCUGGCGCCCUUUUGAACGAGGCCCACGCAAUUGCAUUGGGCAAGAACUGGCCAUGAUAGAGGCUCGUCUGAUCCUGGCGUCAGUGGUCAGGCGGUAUGACUUUGCCAAAGUGGGACUCGGGGAGAUCGCGAUGGAUGAAAAUGGGCAGCCAGCUCUUAAUUCUCAUGGCCAGUAUGAGACCAAAUCCAAGCUCUACAAUGUAAUUACAUCACCCCCUGUACCUCGACCUGCAUUUCGCAUUUUGUUGGCUGACUUCUGA